AUGGCCGACCUGGAAGCAGUUCUCGCCGAUGUCAGUUACCUGAUGGCGAUGGAGAAGUCCAGAAGUCAACCGGCCGCAAGGGCAUCCAAAAAGAUCAUCCUUCCUGAUCCUAGUGUUCGGAGUAUCAUGUUAAAAUAUUUGGAGAAGACGGGUGAGAUAAAAUUUGAGCGAAUUUUCAAUCAACGACUUGGAUUUUUAUUGUUGAAGGAUUUCGCUGAAAAUGUAUCUGACACACCGUGUCCCCAAAUUAAAUUUUAUGAAGCGAUCAAAGAAUACGAAAAAAUGGAAACGGCUGAAGAACGACUGACGAAAGCGCGUGAAAUAUAUGAUCAUCAUAUUAUGGUUGAAAUGCUGGCACAUUCACAUAAUUACUCAAAGGACUCACUGCAAUACGUUCAAAGGAAUCUCAUGAAAAAUAGUGUUCCACCAGAUCUAUUCCAACCUUAUGUAACUGAAAUAUGUGAGCAGCUCAAAGGUGAUGUCUUUCAAAAAUUUUUGGAGAGCGAUAAAUUUACGAGAUUUUGCCAGUGGAAGAAUCUCGAGUUGAAUAUGCAAUUAACGAUGAAUGAUUUCUCAGUUCAUCGAAUCAUCGGACGUGGUGGGUUCGGCGAGGUGUACGGCUGUAGAAAAGCUGAUACUGGAAAGAUGUAUGCAAUGAAAUGCCUGGAUAAGAAGCGAAUAAAGAUGAAGCAAGGCGAGACAUUGGCACUCAAUGAACGCAUCAUGCUCAGUCUUGUCAGCACUGGUCAAGAUUGUCCAUUCAUAGUGUGUAUGACAUAUGCAUUUCAAUCAUCCGAUAAACUUUGUUUCAUCCUCGAUCUUAUGAAUGGUGGUGAUUUGCACUAUCACUUGAGUCAACACGGAGUUUUUACAGAAUCGGAAAUGAUGUUUUAUGCAGCCGAAGUGAUACUCGGUUUGGAACAUAUGCAUAAUCGAUCAGUGGUGUAUCGUGAUCUCAAGCCAGCGAACAUUCUGCUCGAUGAGAACGGGCAUGCACGUGUCUCUGAUCUUGGUUUAGCGUGCGAUUUCUCGAAGAAGAAACCUCAUGCCAGCGUAGGAACACACGGGUAUAUGGCACCAGAGGUGCUGGCAAAAGGAGUCGCCUAUGAUUCGUCCGCAGAUUGGUUCUCGUUUGGUUGCAUGCUCUAUAAGUUGCUUAAAGGUCACAGCCCGUUCAGACAGCACAAAGCUAAAGCUGCGAACAAGGACAAGAAUGAGAUAGAUAAGAUGACAAUGACACAGGACAUUGAUCUACCUGAUUCGGGUUUCACUCCGGAAUGUCGUGAUUUGUUGGAGGGUCUUCUGAAGCGCGACGUUCCUGACAGGCUCGGAUGCAAAGGAAGAGGACCGUGUGAAGUAAAAGAACAUCCGUUUUUCGCAUCAAUCGACUGGCAAACUGUAUAUCUACGUCGUAUGCCUCCACCAUUGAUUCCACCUCGCGGAGAGGUCAAUGCUGCUGAUGCUUUUGAUAUUGGGAACUUUGAUGAUGACGAGUUAAAUGAAGCAGACAACGAGUUGUAUAAAAACUUCAACAUAACGAUCUCGGAACGAUGGCAGAAUGAGAUCGCUGAUACGGUAUUUGAAAUGGUCAAUCAGGAUGCAGAUAAGGCUGAGAGUAAGAAGCGAGCGAAACAAAAAACCAAAUUGAAUAUUGAUGAAAAAGAUUCUGAUGUAAUAGUGCAUGGUUACAUCAAGAAACUUGGUGGUCCAUUCACAUCUGCUUGGCAAACGCGUUACGGCAAAUUGUAUCCGAGUAGACUGGAACUUUAUCCUGAAUCGUUGAGUGGUAAACCUGAGUUAGUCUUCAUGGACCAAAUCGAAGAUGUAAUAUCUGAACUGCAAGUGGUUAAAGGGGAGAAUUCGAUUGUGAUUAAACUGAAAGAGGGAUUAAAGGAAACGAAAGUUAUUCUGACAAAUCAGGACGAAAUAUCACUGCGUGAAUGGCAUACAUCAAUGCGAACAGCGCAUCGAGUUUCAUCGGAAUUACUCCAGCGAAUGGGUCGUAAAGCCAUCAAAAUAUACGGUGUAAAUCACGAUCCAAUGCUGUCUGAGAACGAACGACCUGCAUCCGUUACGAGAGCUUUCCUUAAUCGCACCUCUUCCGUUGAUUCCGGCAUCUGA